AUGGCAUUUACUCCAAAUGGAAAAAGAUUAGUUGCUGGAGCUGUAGAUGUUGAUCAUUCAUUGGCAGUUUUUGAUGUAAGUGGAAAAGGAGCAGUAUUAUGGUCAGAUAAGAGUGGACCAGAUGUUAUUGUUGAUUUAAGAUGGAAUACAGAUGAUGCAUUUGUAACAGUAGGUGUUAAACAUUAUAAAUGUUGGAAAUAUGAUAAUGGGAAGUGUUAAGGAAAGAAAGGAUAAUUUGGAAAGGGAGCAAGUAAUAACUUAUCUGGAAUUGCUAUUAAUGGAAAUGAUACAUUAUGUGGAGCUGCAGAUGGAUGUAUAUAAGUAUGGAAAGGAGAAGCAUUUAUGAAACCAUUACCUAGUAAACAUGCUCAAAUUUGUGAUUGUAUUACAGUUACACAAGAUUAUGUUUUCUCAGGAGGAAGAGAUGGAGUAUUCUUUGUUUUAAGUAAAAAUUAUGAAGAAAUAUUGGCUGUGAAAGUAAAAGAAAAGUGUCCAGAUUCUGUAUGUCCUAGUGUAAGAGCUAUCUAUGCUGAUUUACCUAAUUCAAAAUUAUUGAUUGGAACAUUAGGUAGUGAAAUUUAUUAAUUCUCUUGGGAUGGUGGUGCUAUUAAUAGUUAAACAGACUUUUAAGUAACAAAUUUAAUGAGAGGUCAUUUCUGUCCCAAUUUAAAAUGGACUAAUGAAGUUUGGGGUUUAGAUAUAUUUUAAGAAGAUUAAGAUAAAUUUGUAACAUGUUCUGAUGAUGGUACUGUUCGUGUAUGGUCUAUAAGUGAUAGAAAAUAAGUGAAAAUAGGUAGCACUCUUUUAACUGCAGAUGGUAAAGAAGAGAAGAGAGAUCUGAAUACUGGAGAUUUUACUGAUUAAUGUAAAGCACGUGUUGUAAGUACAAAUCCAAAAGAUGGAGGAUUUACUGCAGGAAUGAAAGAUGGUACUAUUAGAGUAUAUGAUGCUGAAUUUAAUUAAACAAAAGUAUUUAAAUAGGCUAAAGAAUGGAUUAGUGAUAUAAAAUUCUCUCCAGAUGGUACUACUUGUGUUAUUGGUUCACAUGACAAUGCAUUAUAUGCUUAUAAAUAUCCUUCAUGGAAAGCAAUAGGUAAAAAAAUGUAGAAACAUUCAUCAUAUAUUACACAUUUUGAUUUUAGUAGAGAUGGUGUUAAUUUACAUUCUACUUGUGGUGCUUAUGAACUAUUAUUUUGGGAUGUAGCAUAAUGCAAAUAGGUAUUAUUUAUAAUUAUUAUAAAUUUAGUUACCUGGUGGAGCAUCUGCAUUAAAAGAUGAAUUAUGGUAUACUUGGACAGUUACUCUUGGAUGGCCAGUCUAAGGUAUUUGGCCUGAAUGUGCUGAUGGUACUGAUAUUAAUGCUGUUGAUCGUUCUAAUACUACUAUAAAUGGAAAGAAUGAUCCAAAAACAUCUUAUCAUUUACUUGCUUCUGGUGAUGACUUUAGCCAUGUUAGAAUACUCAGAUAUCCAAGUUUGAAGAAAUCAUCUGAAGCAGUUGUUGGUACUGGACAUUCAUCCCAUGUAACAAAUGUUAAAUGGACCAAAGAUGAUUCACGUAUCAUCUCAACUGGAGGAGAAGAUUAAUGUGUUUUCGUAUGGAAGGUUACAAAGAAGUGA